UUAACGGCGAGGGAGCCAAGCCCACCCACAAGGCUUUGAGCCGUCUCGCCCUGUUCUUCUUGUCGCCUAUCCUGUCUUACCUAAUACCUACCCAACCGACGGAGGUACCUCCACAACACACCCGGGUGCCUUUACUUUUUGAGAAGAGCAGAUUUACAAGACUCUUACUCCAGAACCUUGCCUAGGUGCAUGCAUUUACAUACCUACAUUAGGUAGAUAAGUACUCAAAUCAUCGUUAUUAGAGGCUGAAUCCUUGGUCUCUUUCGGCAUCGUAGGCAUGGACCCACUGAGCAUUCUUGGCGUGGCAUCAGCCGUUGUUGCCUUCGUCGAGUUCACAAAAAAGCUCGCCACGAAAACCAUUGAAGUGAGAUCUACCGCCAAGGGUCAGCCUGCCAACGUCAUGAGGCUAGCUCAAUUGGCCGACGACCUCACAACGGUUGCCUCCACUGCCCGCGACAAGGUCAAGAACCUCAGCUCGAGUUAUCCGCGCCAUGCAGAAGCGCUGGAAAAGCUCACGGUGGAAUGCAGCGAGGUGGAGGCCAAGCUCAAGACUGGACUGAAUAAACUGACGGCGACGCCUACAAACAACACGUUCAAGGCCAUGACGUCACAACUUGGGGUCGCCAUUCGUAGCAUUUGGUCGGCGGAGGAAUUCAAGGAAUGGAGUCGCCAGCUCGACAGCAUCCGCGAUCAAGUCACAAUGAAUGUCUUGAUAUGUGUUUGGGAUGAGAUCAAGAAGACCGGAGACAAAACCGAGCGCAUCCUGCAAAUUGUUGCCCGCAUCCAAAUCGCAACAGACAGGCCGAAAAAUAACUUUGAAGACGGCAACACAGGCGGACAUUUGUCAGAAACCUCACGCAAGGCCAAGAUGGAAGAGGCCAUCUGGGCGUCGACGGAUCUGAUCGAUCUGCAAUCAGAUUCCGACCCGUCGCCGCCACCAUAUACACUGACAGUCCCACCAGAGGGGUUGGGAGUCUAUAAAAAGGGGGACAAGAGGCAUUUUGCGAACAAAAUCCUUCGCAGUCUUCGCUUCGAGGAGAUGAAGGACCGCGCAAAUCAAAUUGAGUCGGCAUUUCCCAAGACGUUUCAGUGGCUCUUUGACAAGGACGACAAGGGGCCGGAGAAUGGAAAAGGCAGGCUGGCUAUGAGUUUUCGGGAAUGGCUGGUAUCCCAGGAAAAGUCCAUCUUCUGGGUUACCGGAGUACCGGCGUCAGGCAAAAGUACUCUGAUGAAGUUUCUCACCACACACCAGUCCCUCCUCGACCGACUCAGGGAGUGGGCAGGCGAACGCGUUCGUAUCGCCGAGUUCUACUUCUGGAACCCAGGUUCCAAGAUCCAGAAGUCACGUAAUGGUCUCUUGCGGUCGUUGCUCUACCAACUCCUUUCCCUGCACCCUGAACUUGCAGAGGCUGUUGCGCCUAGACGUCGACUCUUCUUUGACAUUGCCCCUGACAACGCCGAAGCACCGCUGUGGGAGUGGACGGAGCUUCGUGAAUGCAUUUUCCGGGUUGCCUCCCUCCUGCGGACCAGCGGCUGGCGCCUUGCUCUGUUCAUUGAUGGCCUCGACGAAUACGAGGGCUUCGUCGAGGGCUUACCCGAGGACAGAACGGCUUCGCACCGGACCACCGAUGAGAUGCUCGAGGUUCUUAUAGACCUCCACAACAAGUACGACGUGAAGCUCUGUGUGUCUAGCAGGCCAUUGAACUACUUUCGAGACAAAUUCCGCGGCUGCCGCUCAAUUGCCAUGCAGGACCUCACGCAACCCGACAUCGAUCACUAUGUCGAGGAGCGUCUCCGGAACUGCCCAGGGAUCCAGGACCUCCGUGAUGUGGAAGGACAAAAUGUUGACGAGCUGAUCAGUGAACUGAAAACUAAGGCCUGCGGCGUAUUUUUGUGGGUUGUUCUCGUCGUCGAACAGCUCACUCAGAGGAGCAGGGACGGAGCCACCAUACAAGAGCUGCGAAAUGUGGUUAGGGACUUGCCUCAAGACCUGAGCAAGCUGUAUGACACCAUACAAGGCCAAAUCGGGCCCGAGAAAGAGUGCACUGCGUCCAAGUUGUACCAGCUCAUCAUGGCAUGGAAAGGGACAUGGAGUGGCCAGAUGGAGGCCACCUUUCUCUGGCUCGCCUACAGCCAUGAUGCACAAGAGAAUGAAAAUUCAUACGACGGCUACUUUGAUCCUGAGAUGGAGCAAAGCAUUACAAAAAACACCGAGAGACUUCUGCAGGGACACACUAGAGGCAUUCUUCAGGUUUCUACUCCCGGACCCACCGGCGGCCCGCACACGAUCGAUUUCCUCCACAAGACAGCCUAUGAAUGGCUUCGGGAAAUCAACUGGCAGAAGGUCAUUGGGAAUGGGCCCCGGGACUAUCAGCCCUUGCUGUGUAUUCUCGAUGUUUUGGUCCACCACACGCAUACCCUCGAGACCAAGCAUUCUGUCCUGAAGCAGUGUCUCAGUCGCAUCUUCAUGCUUGCCGGCGAAGUUCAAGAAGACAAUAACCCGGCCACUAGAUCCAAGCUAGUCUCUAUCAUCGAUAGAGUCAAGCCCAGACACCUGUGGGAUAUGGGAAUUGAGAGUCUCUUCUUUCUGACGGCCGUCUCAACCGCUAACAAGAUCAUUGCCCCUGAGCUGGCCACCAUGACCUGGGCAGCCGCAUGGGCAUGCCAUCCUUAUCUCCAAGGCAAGCUGGAGGCCGACCCUUCCAUCCCCGUUGGGCAGCAGAGCAAGGGCUUCGCCUUUAAACAAUGGUUCACAAAGAGCGCCCCUCAGACGCAGGUCUCUCUACUCGAUGCAGCAAUCUUCGGAUUUAAGCACCGCCGCGCGGGUCUUCACUGGUACAUCGAUGUGAGGAAGCUGAGCGUCUGGCAAGCGUUCCAGCGGCUGGAGACUGUCAAGGUCCUCCUGCAACAAGGAGCAAAGAUCGACAACCGCACACGAACAGCACUCAAGUCCAUGACGAAAGAGAUGCCCCCAGAUAGCGUCGAUGUGAAAUACCUCAACCUACUCAUCAACAUCUCUGGACGCCAUAACUUCUUGGACUCAUUCGACGCCGAAAGGCGCAAGGUCUUCUCGGAUGACCUGGUGGCCAAAUCACAUAAGGACUCGAUGUUCCCCGAGUACAAAAUUCAUGUGUGAGAGGAGGAUAGUUUAGAGGUCAGGUGGCCAAGAGGACAGGGCCCGCUAGUAACUUGGAACAUUUUCUGGAAACUAACUAUCGAUGUUUGCUCUCUAUUCGUUCAUUAAUAGCCCUAUGCCUAGGGACGUGGAGUCUAUGCACUGAGUUGCGGUUAAGAUUGCUAAUGCGGUUAUGUGCUAUAAUUAGAUGCCUGUGCACGCAGUUCUGGCCUUUAAAGCCUCGACUACGGACGAGAGAAUGUACGUAUGUUUAUAAGAAUUAA